AACAGCCCGUCCGCCGUUCAGUGACUACAGAAGGCCCAGUGUGUGUUUUUAGACGAUGCUAGAAGCAUAAACGCCCAGCCUUUUAUCAGUAUUAAUUCCUUGCAUGUCAUAAUGAUUAUAGAUAAUGUAGACGCUCUGAAAUCCUGGCUGGCUAAACUUCUUGAACCCAUAUGUGAUGCUGAUCCAACCGCACUGGCGAAUUACGUUGUUGCUUUAGUGAAGAAGGAUAAACCAGAGAAAGAACUGAGAGCGCUGUGUGCGGAUCAGUUGGACGUUUUCCUCCAGAAAGAGACUACAGGGUUUGUGAAUAAUCUCUUUGAAUGUCUAACCACUAAAAAUUAUUUGGGAAAUCCACCCGCUAAAGAGGAGAGUAAAACUCCAGUGCAAAAGGUUGAAGAGAAGGAAGAGACUGCUCAUGUUGAAGAUGACAGGGAUAUUCGAAGACGAAGAAGCCCAUUGAGGAAUCGUCCAGAUUUCAAUGAGUCUAGGUUGGUCCUGGAACGGGCCAGAGAUGACCGCCGGAGAGACGACCGUAAGCGUCGAGAACCGGAGCGCCACGGAAAGAGCGGAGAGUCGUACCGGGAGCGCCACGAACGGCACGGAGGCAGUUCGCGGGGGCGGAGCUACAGCCGCAGCAGGAGUCGUAGCCGCAGCAGCAGCCGUGGAAAGAGCCGGGACAGAGAGCACAAUCAGAGAAGAGAGCACAGAUCCAAAUUCGAGCUGGAGCGGAAAGAGACAGAACCUUACAACCCUUCUCCUGCCCACCUGAGUAACCUGCACCACCAGCAGAUCCAUCCACCCCCUCUGCUGCCUCUACCGCUACCCCAGCACCAGUUCCCCUCCUCAGGGAGCCCUGCCGUCCCCAACGCCGUAUCCGUGGUAGCGCCGGCUCACCUGCCCGACAGCACCACAGAGAGCUGGUCUGCAUACUUCACCAACCACACAGACAGCAAGACGUUCAACAAGAGCAGCACGCUCAAACAUCGCUGCAGAGAUUACGACGAGAAAGGAUUUUGUAUACGAGGAGAUCUCUGUCCUUUUGACCACGGCAAUGACCCUCUGAUCGUGGAUGACGUCACGCUUCCAACCAUGAUCCCAUUUCCGCCUCCGCCCGUUCUGCCCAGGAUGCCCAUGCCGCCGAUGACGGAGCCUCCACCGGGCAUGCCAAUGCCCAUGCCCCCUCACGGGCAGCCGCCGCCUCCAGGCAUCUACCCCAUGCCAGGGCCUCCUCACAUCCCACCCACUGGGAUUGACACUCGGCCUCACUCCAGAAGCAGCACUUCUUCUCCUUUGGCCCUGUCUGGUGUGGGACCACCUCCUCAUCCUCUGCCUCCUCCUCCUUCUUCCUCCUCUGCCUCUCUUCAUCCUCAGUACAGUCUGUCUGAAUACAACUACGAUCCUGAGGGUUAUAACCCAGAAGCCCCGGGAUUGACGGGGCCUGGCAGAACUCAGUACCGUCACUUUAUCCCCCGCAUUCAGACGCAGAGACCCAACCUCAUCGGCCUCACAUCUGGAGAUGGACAGACCUCACGAGCUGCUAAUAUUGUGAUUCAGACGGAGCCGUCGGUCACGAGCGUGUCGAGCAAUGAGGUGAGGUACAACUCGGAGCAGGAGAACAGAAAGAGAACUUUGCCUUCUGCUGAUGGACCUCAAGCUAAAAAACCCUGGAUGGACAGGCAAAAUUUUAAUAACCAACAUAAACCCGCCUUCCAGAAGAAGGUCCAUUAUGUCAACACCAAACUAGAGGUGUGCAGAAUCCCGCGAGAGCUAAACAACAUCACCAAACUCAACGGGCACUUCAGCAAGUUUGGAACCAUAGUCAACAUUCAGGUUGUGUUCGGGGGUGACCCAGAGGCAGCGUUAAUCCAAUACACGGCAAACGAUGAGGCUCGGAGGGCCAUAUCGAGUACAGAAGCUGUUCUGAAUAACCGUUUUAUAAGAGUAUACUGGCACAGAGAGGCCACGUCUAACUCACAGGAGCAGGGACCCAGCCAGAUCUCAAACCCUGGCCAACAGCAUCCCGCAGCACACAAGGUCAUCAAUAAGCAGCACACUGCCGGAUCUUACGUGCUGAAUAAGACCUUCCCCAAACAACAGACGGCAAUGGGAGUUGUGGGAACCACGGCCAGCGCUGAACCAACCAGCCCUAGCCAAGAGCCCUCAGUGGGUUUGACACCACCCUCCAGUCUACCGAAGAGUCCGUUCUCACGUACGGUAUUGAAAACCGCAUCUAAAUCAUUGGGAAAGACAGCCAAGGUGCUCGAAGCUCAGGAGGUUCAGAAAAAGAAGCAGGAGGCGUUGAAGCUGCAGCAAGACAUGAGGAAAAAGAAGCAAGAAAUGCUCGAGAAACAGAUCGAAUGUCAAAAGGUACUGAUAAACCGUCUGGAGAGGAAGCCGGAGGAGAGAGCGAACAUCAUGAAGACGCUCAAAGAGCUGACAGAGAAGAUCUCGCAGCUGAAGAACGAGAUCAGUCCGACCUCGCACGCCACCGUCAACGCGACAAAGUCAAAAACAGACGCCCAGAAAGAGUUGCUGGACGCAGAGUUGGAUUUUCAUAAGAAGCUGACGGCAGGAGAGGACACCACAGACCUGAAGAGAAGGUUGGGUCAGCUGCAGGUGGAGGCAACUCGGCUGGGACUCAUACACGCUGGGCGUGGUAAACCAACGACGGCCCUAACUCGAGGCAGGGGCAGGGGCCGAGGGCGGAGCCUCAGGGGGCGUGGAGGAGGCAAUCAUAUGGUGGUGGAUCACCGGCCUCGAGCUAUCAAUAUUUUUGGCUUUACACAAGAAGAGAAAGAAGAACUUUUGCCACAUUUUGUUAAUUUUGGUGAGAUCGAGGAGCUCCGUGAGCAAGAUGCUACUAGUGUGGUGAUGACCUUCAAAACCCGGAGUGAAGCUGAGAACGCUGCCAAUCAAGGGGCGAAGUUCAAAGGUCGAGUCCUGCAGAUCUCCUGGUACAAACCUAAAACUCCAUCCGUGUCCACUGAACCAGAAGAGGAGUUAAAGGAGGAUGUCAACACUCCAGGAUUACAUGAGACAGUCAGCCCCUUCCUGCUUCCAGAGGAAGAAGAGGAAGACGAUGACGAAGACGACGAUUACGAGAGCCGCUCAUGGAGACGAUGAGGAAACGGCAUCACACUUUUCUUCGGAGAAGGACUGUCAUUUUUAGUUGCUGUUUUUGUAGGCUGAUUAAAGUAUGUGGGAUGGAAAGACAAAAGGUCUUUCAUUUUUUUCAAGACGGUUUUCAGUAUUUCGAGAAACGGUCUGAGCAGCAGCGUUCUCCGUAAAGGAGAUGAUGUGAAAAUAUGAGACGUCCGUAGAGAUUGCAGUGUCACUCUGAAAUCUCUGCAUUUCUGUAUCAAACUCUCAUUUUUGCUGAGAUUGAAUGCGAAAUGUUUCAGUGAGGAAACAUUUUGUUUCACUGUGCACGACCAGAUAUCAGUAACUCACAACAUUUGUGACUACUGUGUAUUUUUUUUAACUGAUUACGUUCUCCUAACCCAUUUAACGUCCAGUAUAUAAUUUGAUGUGUAAAUUUAUCUGCACUUUGCGCCAUUUUGGCUUCAACCCUGUUGGAUGCACUCGCUUAACAUCUUUCUCCUUAAAGGCAUCUCUUUCCUUUGUGAAGAAAUAAAAUGCCGUCUCUGUCAAACUCUUUCGAAACAUUUCUAUCUGGCAUUUUCAGUUUCCCCCAGAUUAGUUAUUUUUAUUUCAUAAAGAUUAUUGUGCCACUUCGUGUAAAUAUGGACUUUGUAGAAAAUGUAUGGCACGCACUUCGUUGUGUUCAACGUAUCCGACUGUUCAUAUUUAUUUCGCACAUCUAGAGGAUGUUUCGAAACCAAAAAUGACAUUGGAUAAAUUUAGUUAAUUACGAUAAAAAUAUGAGCAGAGGUGUUUUGAAUGUAUUCGGAAUUCGUUUGCGCUUCAUUUACGCUUUAUUGUCGGUGUACAGCUGACUUUUUAUUAGAUUUGUGAGUUUUUCUUUUUUUGUGUGUGUAUAUUUUGGAAAUGGUUGCCGUAGUAACGACUGUUCUGUUUAUUUUAGGUGUAAGAAUGAAUGAAGCUGUUGUUACAUCACAGUCAUGAUACAAAAUCUUAUUUAAGUGAAAGGCUUAAGUGACUUAAACUUAAGGUUGUGUCUUUUUGUUAACUAGCAGACUUGCAUCAUUACACUACGCUUUAAAGAUUUAGUUUCAGUUCUUAUUUUGAGACCCUGUUUUGCCAUAUUUGGCACUCCACUUUUUUCAGAGACCUGGUCCUUCAGAAACGGGUGUAAAAUGUAUCCGUUUCUGUAAUCUUCAAUAUUGUCCUAUAGCAUGCCGGCACCUGUAUGAGUGUGUUUAAUUGAAGCAAGAAAUAUGUAUGUAUGCAUAUAUAUUUUUUUAAUUAUCAUAUUUACAUACUUUGCUAUUAACAGUUAAGAUAUAAGUUUAUAAUUCCUUUUAAAGAAGGACCUGUGUACAUUUGUUGAUGUGAUGUUUAGUAGCAUGUCCCUAUGACGGUCGAAUCCAAACAUUCAGUGAUGUCUCUGUACGCCCCAUACUUCCAGAACAAUUGCAUUUAAUGUGUUCUGUAAAACCCCUGAGACGGCUCUGUUUCUCUCAAUAACCCUGUUGCUCAUGACAGGUCGUCUUGUUGUUUUUUUACAUGAAAGAGUCAAGGAACAAUUUUCUGUGUGAACUUCAAGAAUGGAUUUUGAUCAUU